AUGGCCGCAGACGCGCCUUUCAGCUUUUUGCCGCUGGGUGCCAUCAUCCAAGCCUUCAAUGUCAAAGGCACCAACAUUGUACAGGGCUUCCCCACACAGGAGCUGUACGAGAAACACAACAGUCCGUAUUUUGGAGAAACCAUUGGACGUGUGGCAAACAGAAUCAAAGGCGCCCAGCUGGAUAGCGUCAAUGGCAAGACGUACCCUUUGGCCGCCAACAACAGCGGCAACACACUCCACGGCGGCAUCGUCGGCUGGGGCAAAAGGGUCUGGAAAGGACCGACCCCGGUAGGCGUGCGCAAAAUUCCCGGUGUCAAAGACCUGCAAGGUGGCGAAAGUGUCCAAUUUACGCUUACAAGCGAGGCUGGAGACGAAGGCUUCCCCGGUGCCGUGGACGCCAAGGUGGUUUACACGGCAGGCACACAGCAGGUCGACGGCAAGGAGGCGACCGUGUUGGGCAUCGAGUACGAGGCGCAGCUUACAGGUGGCGCCGACGAGACCGUCAUUAACAUGACGAACCACUCAUACUUUAACCUCGGCGGCGACGAGACUAUUGCCGGCACGCAAGUCAGCCUCGGCGCCAGCCAGUACCUUCCCGUCGACGGCACCAACGUACCCAUCGGCGGGCCGUCCGCCUUUCCCGGCGUCGAAGUAGGCAAGACGAUUGACCUCGGCGACAAGGAGCCCAUCUUUGACAACUGCUUCACGACGACGGCGCAUCCGGCCGCGGUGCCCAUUGACACGCGCGCGCAGCCGCUGCAGCUGCAGCUUGCGGCGGCGCACCCAAAGACGGGCAUCCACCUGCAGGUCCUGAGCACCGAGCCGUCCUUUCAGUUCUACACGGGCGACUUUACCGACGUGCCCGCCGUGGAGGGGGCCGCGGCGCGCGGGGCGCGGUCGGCGUUUUGCUGCGAGCCGGGUCGCUGGGUGAAUGCGGCCAACGUACCAGAGUGGAAGAGCAUGGUGCUGCUGAAGAAGGGCGAGACGUAUGGCGCGCGGAUUGUGUACAAGGCUUGGACGGGCUAG